UGUGUGAUCCUUAAACCCAAGCUUUGAAUAUACAACAAUGAAGUGCUUCGCUACAAUUGCUUUCUUGGUCUGCCUUUCCGUCGUCUCUGGCGAACCUCCAGUACCCCAGAAUAACUAUUUGCCCCCCAAUCAACAACAGAGCCCCUCCAGCAACUAUCUGCCACCCCAGAACACAUAUCAGGCACCCAACAGCAACUAUUUGCCUCCCCAGCGUGGUGGUAGCGGUGGCGCAGCUGCAGCUCCCCAAAAUAGUUAUGGUGCUCCCGCUGUGACCGGUGCCAUCUUCCCCAAACAGGGUGGUGGCGGUUAUGCUGGUGGUGCUGGAGCUGCCGGAGGUUAUGGUGCUGGUGCUCAAGGUUCCGGCUAUGGCGGUGAAGAAAACUACGGUCCUGCUAAAUACGAAUUCAAAUACGAUGUCCAAGACUACGAAUCCGGCAAUGAUUUCGGUCAUAUGGAAUCUCGCGAUGGUGACUUCACUACUGGCCGUUACUAUGUCCUCUUGCCCGAUGGUCGCAAACAAAUUGUUGAAUACGAAGCCGAUCAAAAUGGUUACCGUCCCUCCAUUCGUUACGAACAAGUCAACAAUGGUCAACAAGCUGGCGGACGUGGUGGCAAUUACAAUAACGGUGGUUACGAUAGCAAUGCACAACAAGGCAAAUUUGGCGGUUAUCAAUAAGGCUCACAAAGUAUAGGAAAACUAGGCUUAAAGAGAGAUUUUAUUUCAUCACUUAGUCGUUAUGAAUUUUUUUUACCAUAAUUUUAGUAUUUAAAAACGAGCAUGCAUUGGAGGGCCUAAAGUAAGCUUUAGCUUUAAAAGCUGUCGAAAAGCUUUUUUAGAAGUAUUCCUUAAGUGAAUCCAUAAUUCUCUCUUAAGAUCCUUUAUGCUCAGUCUCUCUCCCUCUUUUCAAACACUCUCACAUUCUCUGCCUGUAUUAUUUCAUCGAAACC